AUGUCUGACACGCAAUCUCCUCCCCGCCCGGGCGGAGGGCGUCCCGAUUCCACGCUCGGCGACCAAUUUGAAUCCCGCUUUGCACCCCAGUGGCAUGUCGGGUUCGGCAGUUCGAACGAACGCGGUGGGGCUGAUGAAGAGACUGUCGAUACCUCGCCUGCUACCACCCGCCGACCGAGCCCUUUGCCAGAGGCCACGUCCGCACCCGCUGCGCACGAAAAGGAAGUAGAGAGAGAAGCGUCUACGAUGGAAGAGCUGGACGAGCUGGAUGAAGACUCUCCCGCGCCGGUGCAUGACCGACAUGAAGAGGAGAGGAAAGCGAGGCAACUUAUGGAGGAAGAUGCGCACCUUGCCAAGAGGAGAAAACAACACCCACACGGCUCGUCUCUCCCCUCGCCGCCACCUACUACUGUGCCAGCUUCUGCCCACCACCUCACAGCGGGAUCUUGCCCCGGUGACGGGAGGUGCAAUGGCGCGGGAGGCAAAGCUGGAUGCGAAGGUUGCCCGACUUACAACAAUUCCAUCGCCUCUGGCCUCGUCUCUGACCGUGCGCCCCCGACCCACGGCCAUCCCCACUCCGCCCCCUUGUCGGAAGGUAUCGAUCGCCCGCGAUAUCAUGAAACCGAAGGCAGGCCAUACGGACUGGACAGGUUUAUGGAAGGCGUCAACAACAACCUCGGCCGACCUACUUCUCUCCCGUCCCCCUCGCCCGACCAUGUGGUGCAGCGUCAGCAUGAAAGCCCGGUGACGACCCAGCCGUUGCAACACCCCGGGUCUGACAAGGGUACGCCCUCGAGGUUUAGUCCUGAUAGCGAUGAUGCGCCGGCGGGCACGACGAAUGGUUCCGGUUUGGCUGCUACGCCUGUUGGUAUGAGUUGUCGGAAUUGCGGGACGAGUACGACGCCUUUGUGGCGACGUGAUGAAGAAGGCAGGCCGCAGUGCAAUGCCUGUGGACUGUAUCACAAACUUCACGGUGUCCCGCGCCCUGUCGCUAUGAAAAAGACCGUCAUCAAGCGCCGAAAACGUGUGCCUGCUGUCAGCAGCGGGGCCACAGCGACCCCAAGUUCGUCGACUACCCGCGCCAUCACCGCCGCGCCCGACCAGCCUUCGCCCGUACCCACCACGGCCCAAAUGCCCAGCGUCACCGCGCCCCCAGCGCAUGUGCCGCCGCCUAUUGAAGACAAGAUGCGCGUGGGCUCACCGCCUUAUGCCCAUCGAGCGCCGCCCUCGCAGCACCAUACCGACCACCGGGGCCAUCAUCCCCACGCGCAAGAGUUUAUCCAGGGUCGGUAUGCCAAGCCGAGCUCGAAUUCGGGCAACCCGGGACAGGGCAAGAAGUGGUGGAAUGAUGGAAGGGAUCGGGAGAAGGAGGAGAAGGAUAGGGAAGCGAGGGAACGAGAAGGCGGGUUCUUUCUCCCUUUUUUGGGUUUGGGCAUGUGUCCGUUCUUUUCGGCGUUGGAGAUGGUCGGGUGGACCGAAGAUGACUCGGAAAGUCUGGAUUGA